AUGAUCAAUCAAACGGCCAUGUUGCUCACUCGCUCACUACGUCCCAGAUCCGCCUUUGUUGGCGCUGGCCUUGGCUACCCGCGUCGAUUCCUCACAACUGUUGAGUCUCCACUGCACGAAUUCUUUGUCGUCAUAUUCAACAAGAGAAACGCCAAAGAGUCAGAUCUAGCGCCAGCGCCCCAGACUAUCAAGUUCAAAGAGCAAGAUGUCAUCCUCACCUUCGCAGGCGACAUGAUGGCCUCCGCCGCGCCGGCGACGGAUUCAGCCCCGGAAAGGACCCUAGGAGCCUGUUUUCGCGUGCCAGGCACCCAGCGAGCAGAGAGUGUUGCAGGCGAUUCGCGCCCACGAGAACACCGCCAAGGGGCUGUGGGAUAUUGA